GUUGAUUUUUGGCCUUGUCUCUCUUGUUUGCAUAUCAGCACACUUCUGCUGUUUCGCAUAAGCUUAACUUCUUGAAGUGAUCAGAAAUAUUCAUGAUGAAUUCCUUAAUUGACCCCCCCGCCUCGCCGGGCUUUUCACUCAGAGUGAAAGUAUUUACACCAGAUGCUGCAGAGGAAAAUGAUCGUCCAAUUCGUUGCUUUCGUGUUAUUACAUCACCAAAUAUUACCAUCAGAGAGUUUUGCACAGAAGCUUCAAGAGUUCACGAAAUCAAUUAUGGCCAACCACUCGCGAUUAAGAAGUGCAUGGACGAUGAAUUAUUUGACGUCACUCAGAACGAUCUGAUAGGACCUCUAUUUAACAAUAUGUCUACUAUUCGAAUCAUAAAAGCUCCUAAUAAACCAAAUGUUCGAGACUCACUUCCUCCAACGUCAGCUCUUCGAUUCAACCCCAUGAGUGUUCUUGGUCAGAAAAGAGAUAGGUCACCGAUCAAUGGAACUGCCGAAUCAUUCUGGAAUCCACAAAAACGUCAGAGAACGGCCAUAGAUCCAGAUAAACCAAUUCCUUCCCGAGAACUAGAGUCAUAUACCGGUGGAAGGUUGGAAGGUAUACCAGAGAACCCAGAAGCCACAAUUCCCGAUUCGCAACAGAGUGCUAUAUUAGGUCAUGAGGAUGGGGACAAUGAUGUUGUGCCAAAUGUAAGAGAGGAUUCUCCCAUGAUCUCCGACACCCGAACUCCAUCAUCUCCACUGCCAGUGGAGAGACGUUUUGUCCGCCAAAGUCAUGCCAUAACUAAUUAUAUCACAAAGUUAUCUACCAAGAAUACCAAUGCGCAACCCAACAGCGAUCCAAAAGAACUUGUAAGCCCGUUUAAAGAGCCCCCGCCACGGAAGCAGGGCACACCAAAGGACAUCACAGCAGCAAAAAGUGCAAGCUAUCACAUUCAGAGAGCUACCGAUAGAGGUCGAUCCGUUUCAACGACUGCGACAAGUCCAAUGGCAAACGAACCACAACUCCCUCCUCAUCCCAACUCAAGUUCUAUCAAGAAGCCAAAGACCUCGGAAACAAUUGCGCGAGCCGCAAAAUCAGGCAACGCGAAGAAUCGAUCACCUAGGAACGAGGGAGACAUUUAUGACGACUUUGGUUCGGAUUCCGAGGAAAUAAAGGUUCCACAAUCAAAACUUAAACUCAAAAAGUCUUCAUCAGCAGGAUUACCUGGCCUUGAGAGGCUAGCUAACUCACCCUCAAACCAAAAUCGCCAUCUUUCGAAGAAUUCUGAAUCUGUUUCAACUCCUUAUGAGCUACCCUUGACGCCAAAGAGUAGGAUACGCGAGGAAGAAUUGCGCAAGAAGAAAGAAAGUGAGGAGGCAGCAAAGGAGGCGCGGACUGCGGCUGCAAAAGCUGCCGAGGAACGUCGACGUGAAUCCGAAAGAGAAGCCGUGGCUGCAAAAGCUGAACGAAUGCGUAAAGAGAAAUCGGAGGAACGUAAGGCAGAAGAAAAGCAGAGGCUAGCUACAAGAAAACAAAAAGAAGACGCUGCUCUUCUAGCUCAAAAACUGAAGGAUGAGAAAGAGAAAUUGCGCAAACAGAUCGAAGAAGAUGACAGAAUAGAGAUGCAGAAGGCCGAGGAGGAGGCAGCUAAAAAGGCUAAAGAGGAGUUUAGGAAGUCGAAAGCUCCCGAAGGCUCCAAGAGAACAUCCGAAACUCCACAAGAAAGUAGGAAGGGUACUCCGGUCAAUAAACGCAGUACUCCCAGCACGAUACUUCCUCGCCAGUCUUCCACGCCCCAUUAUCCAAGAGGAAAGAAGUCAUCUUUGAAAACAUCACGUUCUUCUGAAAGUGUGUUAAGCUCUUCCCCUGGAGCCCCAGCUCCUAAGGAUACCAGUCUAGAAGCUCAGAUGCCAUUACCAUCUAAGGGACCUAGACGAGUCUCCUUUGACCUUGACAAGACGAAUACUCCCAUAAAGCCACAACACCAGAAGACAGUUUCCGUUGAUACACCAAAAGAGAAAACAACACCCGCGCUUACUUCUAGUCAGACCCCAGCCCCAAAUCAAACGCCUAUUCCUCUACCCAAAACAUUCAAGCGCCCUGGACCUGAUCGUAGUGCGACUCCGGUCAGACAGCUAUCACUAAAACCAUCUGCUAUGAGUCAACCACCAUUGAUAGCGGGUCGGGCGAGUUCGGUGGCACGAUCUGCAACACCUAAGCCUAUCCCUCAACCGGCACUUAAGAUUAUUUCUAGCGAGAAGAUACCCUUGGAGAGAAAGACUAUUACACCAGAACCAAAAAAGGCAACGGCAUCUACACCCGGCCGUCCAGUCCCGGUCAAAGAGAAACCAAAGUCGCCACCCAAGUCUGCUGAAAUUCCACUCCCUCCAAGUUCAGAUAGUUCUAGUUCUGAAGAUUCCGAUUCUGGAGAAGAGGUCACAGUCAAACAAGAGCCAAAAAGAUCUAUUAGUCCUCCAAAUCGACAAAUCGAAGAAUCGAACGAUCCCAACGACCAAUCUGAUGAAGAUGUCGAGAUGGGUGAAAAUCAGUCAUCACCACGAGAUAGUCGAUCUCCGGUUGUCUUUCAUUCUAAUGCACCAUCUGGCGAUGAGCGUAAAUCCUUCAACAAGCACACUCAGGAUUCAGCUUCUUCAUCAGAGGACGAAUCUUCUGAUGAAGAAGAAUCGGGAGACGAUACCUCUGACAAGGACAAUGACACUAAGGUUAAAACAGAAAUCAAAGAGACUCAAGACAGUUCAGAAGAUGAAGGUGAAGGCGGUAGUGAUGAUGAGGAUGUGAAAAUGCCAGAUGCUCCAGCUCAACGGUUAAGCCCGGAAUUGCCAAGCCAUGCCCGGAGAAAUAUGGUCUCUCCUAUCAAGACCACAAAUCAACGUAAGAACUCCAGCAGCGAUGAGGAUAAUACCCAAGACGAAGUUGAUCAACAACUAACAUCUGAUAUCUUCGAAGCUCAAGGUCCAUCAUUUUCUUCACCCCUCAAGCGACCGAUUAUUAGACCAACGAUUGGUUUCGGCGCAAGUUUAUCAUCUCUGAAUAGCCAGAAAGGAGCCAUGUUCAAACCUAGACCUUCGUCAAAUGGUCAACUCGCCAAGUCAAAAUUACAACUUUCAUCUCAAUUAUUGAACAAGGAAUUCUCGGAAUCGGAAGAUGAUGAGAGUAGCAGUGAUGAUAGCUCUGACGAUGAUGAUGUUCCAGUUCCAGCAAGCUCAAAAAUCCCUUCUUUAACUCAAAGUAAUGGUUUGGUUGCCUCAGCAGCCAUUGCCGCCGCCGCAGCUAAGAGAAUUAAAGAUGCUCGUAGCGAUUCAGAUUCAGAUUCCGACAAUAGUUCGGAUGACGCAAUGGAACAAGCGAGAAAAUCUUUGAUGGCGCAGGUUAACCAAUAUGGAAUGAGUGCUAGUCAAAAUACUUUACCGCAGGGAUCGCAAGUCUCGGUUAAUGGUGGGGCACAAAAGGAAAACGGAAAAGGGGGUGCAGUUCUUGGCAAGACGAAUGGAAAUGCAAAGAAUUCGAGAAGUGCGGGGAAGGAAUUCGCUAAGAAGGGGAAGGACAGGAUUACGAAUGGGUAUGAUUUUAAGAGUUACGGAUCUUUCAAUUGA